UCAUUACGCGGGUAAUGCCUUUGUCCUAAGAUAACAUCACCUUGUAAUUACCACUGCGUUACCAGCACACCGUGUAGCAGGCUUGAUUUUUAGACUAAAUUGGCACAUGGUGCGGAUCGUAUUGCCUUGCCACGAGGUGCUCUCUAACCAGCGACGCUCUCCACUGUCUCUCCAGAUGCCUCUGUGCGGGGCUGCACGCCUGUGAUCAGCUAACGGACCUCCGUGCCAGCCAGCCAGCCAGCCUGUCUGCUUCAUCCGAACCAGGUUGCACAUUGCCGGACCAGAAUGGCAGCGGGAGUCGCGGCUUGGCUACCCUUCGCCCGGGCAGCAGCCAUAGGAUGGAUGCCGGUGGCCAGUGCCCCUAUGCCAGCUCCUCCGCGGGACAAAAGGCGGAAGGCAGACGGGCUCAUCAUCCUCAACGUCAGUGGAUCAAGGUUCCAAACUUGGCGAAACACUUUGGAGAGAUAUCCCGACACUUUACUCGGAAGCACAGAGCGCGACUUCUUUUACCACGAGGAGACAAACGAGUACUUUUUCGACCGCGACCCAGACAUCUUUCGGCACAUUUUGAAUUUCUACCGCACUGGCAAACUGCACUACCCGCGCCACGAGUGCAUCUCGGCAUAUGAUGAGGAGUUGGCGUUCUUUGGGAUCAUUCCGGAGAUUAUUGGAGAUUGCUGUUACGAAGAGUACAAAGACCGCCGACGGGAGAACCAAGAACGCAUCCAGGAUGACGAGGAUAACGACCAAAACAACGACAUGGUCCCACUGGAUAUGACAUUCCGCGAGUCCAUGUGGCGGGCUUUCGAGAACCCACACACGAGCACCAUGGCGCUGGUGUUCUACUACGUGACGGGCUUCUUCAUCGCCGUCUCUGUCAUGGCCAACGUGGUGGAGACGGUGCCCUGCGGCAAGACGCAGAACCGUGUGGAGAUAUCCUGCGGUGAGCGCUACGGCCUGGCCUUCUUUUGCCUGGACACGGCCUGCGUCAUGAUCUUCACAGUGGAGUACCUGCUCCGGAUGAUGGCGGCGCCCAACAGGUUCAAGUUCGUGAAGAGCGUGAUGAGCGUCAUCGAUGUGGUGGCCAUCAUGCCCUACUACAUCGGCCUGGUCAUGACCGACAACGAGGACGUGAGUGGGGCCUUCGUCACCCUCAGGGUCUUCCGCGUCUUUCGGAUUUUCAAGUUCUCCCGCCACUCGGCGGGCCUGCGUAUUCUGGGUUACACGCUGAAGAGCUGCGCGAGCGAGCUGGGUUUCCUGCUCUUCUCCCUCACCAUGGCCAUCAUCAUCUUCGCCACCGUGAUGUUCUACGCCGAGAAGGGCUCGAGCGCCAGCAAGUUCACCAGCAUCCCUGCCGCCUUCUGGUACACGAUCGUCACCAUGACAACGCUGGGAUAUGGAGACAUGGUCCCCAAGACCAUCGUGGGUAAGAUAUUCGGCUCCAUCUGUUCUCUGAGUGGCGUGCUGGUGAUCGCGCUGCCCGUGCCCGUCAUCGUCUCCAACUUCAGCCGCAUCUACCACCAGAGCCAGCGGGCAGAGAAGCGACGCGCCCAGAAGAAAACCAGGAUCGCGCGAAUUCGUGCGACGAAGAGCGGAGGCGCUAAUGCUUAUAUGGCGUACAAACGCAACGGGCUUCUCAGCAACGCCCACGAGGAGGCGUCCAAGGAGGCAGGUCAGGCGCUGGUGUGUAGGGCCAACCCCACCUUCGACACCCAGCAUCACCACCUGCUGCACUGCCUGGAGAAGACCACGAACCACGAGUUUGUGGACGAGCAGACGUUCAAGUCCAGCUGCCUGGAGGUGUCGAUGGUGAAGCCUGCGUCGCGCUCCUCCUCCAUCUCGUCGGCGAGUGGCGGCGGCGGUGGCCUGUCGUCAUGCUGCUCGCGCCGCAACAAGCGGAAGAGCUUCACCGUGCCCAACUCCAACAUGGCCGGCCGCCGAGGCUCCAUACAGGAGCUGAGCACCAUUCAGAUCCGGGAGAGGCCCAUUACCAACAGCCGCUCUAGCCUGAAUGCCAACCGCUCCAGCCUGAAUGCCAAGUUCGAGGAGACGGUGCCGCUGAACUCGGAGACGGUGCCCUACCUGACGGCGGCCGUCAUCAGCAUGCCCACGCCGCCCGUCACCACCCCCGAGACGGACGAGUCCGCCAACUCGCCCGCCGACUACUCCCAGGCCAACAUCGUGCGCGUCUCGGCGCUAUAG